AUGGUGUUAAAAGUGUCAUGCAUCCUCCUACUUGAAGUCUUGAUAAAAUCAACCCUCAGUCAACCGUUGACCUUCGUUGUCCCUGGGCGCGAUGAUAUUGCCUACCACAUCUCGGAAACCGAUGCGACUUACAUCCAGAUCACUGCCUCAAAAGAUGUUGGAUGGGUUUCACUUUCCCAGGGCCAAGACAGCCCGAACUCCAGCGAUGUGGCGGCCUCAAACACAAUAUUUGUAUCGUUGAAGGAAAAAUAUUCUAAAAAGGCUGGGUCCGACCUCCCCAAUUGUCAAAUGAUCUCGGGAAAACCCUCUGUCCAUGAUGGAGCGGUGCAGGCGACAAUCCGCUGCGAUGACUACUCUAUCCUGAAUAGACUGGAAAGUUUCACCUGGGCCUACGAAAAAGAAGGCACCGUUCAGUAUGGUCCAAUGCGAGUACUAGAAGGCCAUGAUUCAAGCAAUGUUGCUACGACUGGACAUGAUGGUCUGCGACGAGUGGUGCGGUCAACUGAGUCGACAGAAACAUCUACUGUGCCUGCUCAGACCCCAUCCCCGGAAGAGAUUGCUGCUUUGAUGGCGAGGUACGACAGAUUGAUGAAAAUCAGAACUAUCCAUGGUUCGAUGAUGGCGAUUGGGUUUGUUGUGCUCUUCCCGGCCUUCGCCAGUCUGAUUCAUUUACUCCCAGGGUCCAAGCCAGUCAUCAAAAUCCAUGCUUCUCUGCAAGCCAUAACCGCAAUUCUCGUAAUCGUUAGUUUUGGCCUUGGCGUAUACCUCAACUCACAGGUUACCAUCAAGGGAAAGCAUCAUCAGGCCAUCGGUGCUCUUGUCGUUAUACUUCUUGUGAUUGUUCAGCCCAUCCUCGGAAUCCGUCAACACAUGUUGUUCCGCAAAACACAGCAGAAGACAAAGUGGGCUUACGCACACCGCUGGCAGGGUCGCAUCAUGCUUGGUCUUGGUGUUGUCAAUGGUGGUAUUGGGCUCAACCUUAGCCGGAGUGGCUCUGGGGAUUCUCGUGGUGCACUUAUCGGCUACGGAGUGGUGACUGGCAUUGUCUACGUCGGCUACUUUGGGAUCCUGGCCUUUAAGGCAUUCAACGCGCGACAAAACCCUCAGGGAGAUAAAUCUGAUAUUCCAGAAAGAGCGGUCCGUACGGGUACGGAAGAGCACAAUCUGACGGAGAUACCUGCGCACAACUGA